GUGAAGAGGACAACUCUAGUGGAUAGCAGAACGUCUGUUACUGAUGUGAAAUUUGCUCCCAAGCAUAUGGGUCUCAUGUUAGCAACCUGUUCAGCAGAUGGUAUAGUAAGAAUAUAUGAGGCACCAGAUGUUAUGAAUCUCAGCCAGUGGUCCCUGCAGCAUGAGAUCUCAUGUAAGCUAAGCUGUAGUUGUAUUUCUUGGAACCCUUCAAGCUCUCGUGCUCACUCCCCUAUGAUAGCUGUAGGAAGUGAUGACAGUAGUCCAAAUGCAAUGGCCAAGGUUCAGAUUUUCGAAUACAAUGAAAACACCAGGAAAUAUGCAAAAGCUGAAACUCUUAUGACAGUCACUGAUCCUGUUCAUGACAUUGCAUUUGCUCCAAACCUGGGAAGAUCUUUCCACACUCUUGCUAUAGCAACCAAGGAUGUAAGAAUUUUUACAUUAAAGCCUGUGAGGAAAGAACUUACUUCCUCUGGUGGGCCAACAAAAUUUGAAAUCCAUAUCGUGGCUCAGUUUGAUAAUCAUAAUUCCCAGGUCUGGCGAGUGAGUUGGAACAUAACAGGGACAGUGCUAGCAUCUUCAGGAGAUGAUGGCUGUGUAAGAUUGUGGAAAGCUAAUUAUAUGGACAAUUGGAAGUGCACUGGUAUUUUGAAAGGUAAUGGGAGCCCAGUCAGUGGGAAUUCUCAGCAGGGAAACUCAAACCAUUACCUAGGUUCAAAUAUUCCAAAUCUUCAAAACUCAUUAAAUGGAUCUUCUUCUAGCAGAAAGCACAGCUGAGUACAAGCUAACUGGAGUAACUUUGCUGUUUUGCUGCUUGUUGCAUGCACACAGGAAUGGAAAGCAAGCUUCUUUUCCCCUUCCCCAGCGCCGUUUGAUCUUUCCCAAGAUAUACCAGCAGUCUGCUUACUACUAAAUGCAGUCCAAAAGGCCUUUAAAAAUACAGUGUAUUUCAUUUUUUUGUACAUGACAGUUUGUUGACAUUAUUUAAAACUUUUGAAAUAUGAAAGGACAGGCUUUUUGUUGAAACAUUGUCACCAAAACAAUUUUUUGAAAUGUUCCUGAAACCGAGUUUAAAAACAAAAAGGAUUGUUUUCAUUCUUGUAAGUAGUUGGGAGGAGGGAAAAUAUCAUUUUUAUUCCAUUUGGAGAACAUAGGAAUAUUUCUUUCAUUUUCUAAAACAAUAAGCUAAAAUGAUGAAUUUUUAUAAUUUUAAUUUGGAAAUUGAAUAAAUAUUUUUCAUAAAGAUUGUUUUGAGUGCUAAUUUGUUUACUUUUUGUAGAAUUGCUUUAUAUGUGAUAUUAUUCCAUACAACUCUGUCAUUUCUUUGUAAUAUUUAAAAAAAUAUUAGUAAAGGAGUGGAUGAGUAAAGUAGUACUAGAGUUGAGGUGAAAGUAGUAUGACUGUGUAAUUCACAGCCAAGUGGAACAUUUGGUAUUGUUUUCAUUUGGUAGUAAAAUGAAAACGCCUUUUUAAGUUUUCAGUUCAUACUCACUAGAUAGAUAAACGUUUCUGAGCUGGCAGAGUGGCUCAAGUGGUAGAUUACCUGCUAGCCAAGUGCGAGGCCCUGAGUUCAACCCCCAGUACUACAGAAAAAAAAAAAAGAUAAAUAUGUACAUGUAUAUAUUUAUGGUGUGAUUCCAUGGCUUAGUUUCCUUCAAGACACAAUUUGGAAACACUGUAAGAGAAGCAGUUAAAAUUUGUUAAAAGUGUGCAUGCAUGUAAACAAACUUACAUUCCAUGCCUUAAGGAUUUUCUUUAGUCUUUGUUUGAAUGAGUUCAUAUCCUCUGAUGCUGUGAUGCUGUGAACUUGAUAACAAAGCUAUAAAUCUUUACAUUUGCUAAAAUGCAUGAAUAAUUACGGGUAAGUUAGAAAAUGGUAGAAGAAUAAUAGGGCAUAAUAAUUCUUUGAGCCAUUUAUGUAUCAAAAUUCUGUAGUUCUUCUAAGGUUUUUGUGGAAAAAUAUGCUCAAUGAUUGUAUUUCUUCAAAAGCACGUUACAGUAGCCAGCCAUACUAUGUGAAAAUGUAUUCAUAUUGUUUUUCAGUGUCAUGUAUGCACUAAAAAUGUGUGCCUGCUGCUGCUACAGAUGGAGCACUGUUCAAAAUAAAAAGCACAUUA